UCUGAAGAAAAUCACGUUUCUCGUAGCAACUGUUAUUAAUAAUAUAGGUAUUCAAAAGUGCGCGAUUAGUAUAGCAUUAGAAGUUUACUUACGUUUCAGCAUGGAAGGUUUGCACAAUGCCCAAGCGAAUGAUUUGGAUUCAGCCAACGUAGCCGAAUCGAUCGUUAUCAGUUACGAAUGUCCAGAGGAAUCUCUUAUAGUAAAUGAAAACGAAAUAAUUGAACAUGAGGAAACAGUUCAAGCACACGAGGACUCGUCGACGGUGUAUAACUGCGACUCCUGCGGUAUGGCAUUUCAUUCCAUCGAGGAACACAUCCGGCAGUACCACCGAGACGAAGAGGUCAUGAUCGAAUUGGAAGAACAACUGCCCAAUGAUCAAGACGAUUUUGGAAUAGCAGAACUUACCGACGAGGACAGCUCAGAGGAGUCUUCCGGUUUCAAAUGUAGAGUCUGUAAAACAGAAUUGCUAAGUGCAAGAAGUCUAAAGCUUCAUUUAAAAAUGCACGACCGAAGAAAAAGCCCAGCUGCCAGAGUAAAAUUGGACAACCAUUGCAAUUUGUGCAAUAGAUCUUUCAGCAAUAGAGAACAUUUGCAGCUGCACAUUCUGGGCCAUGGUGAAGGCUUUGUCCAACUGACCGGGAUCAAUUCCAGUGCCGGCAGUGGGUAUCCUUGCAACUAUUGUGGCAAACGAUUCAAGCGUCCACACGAAAAAGUUAAGCAUGAGCGUAUUCACACCGGCGAGCGACCGUAUUGCUGUGAUAUAUGCGGGAAACGAUUCCGUAUUUCGAACUGCCUGACGAUCCACCUGAGAACCCACGAAGAUUCCCGACCCUUUGUUUGUUCAUAUUGCAAGAAACGAUUCAAAGUCCAAUCUGCGUAUAAUCACCACUUGAAAACACAUUCAAGCGAACGAAAUUAUCGCUGUUCUUUAUGCCCGAAGGCGUUUAAGACCGCUGUGCAAUUAAAUGGGCAUAAAAAGGUCCACACUAAACCGUUUUCUUGUUCCGAAUGCAGCCGGCCGUUUGGAACCUUGUAUGCUGUUCGAAAACACAUGCAAGAACAUCAGCAGGCGAACAACAAGCUUACCUACGGCUGCGACACAUGCGGGGCUCACUAUGGCCGGAUUUCUGCUUUGCGCGACCAUCGGAAGGAACAACACGGUAUCGAGCCGGAUGAUAGUAAUGUGGUUGCUGCUGCUGCUACCCAUCGAACGGACGCUGCUUCCGAAAUUUAUGAAAAUGUACUGCUUACCGAUGUCGAACCGGAGGUUGUUGAGGAAGUGAUGUUUUAA